UGUUAAGCAAGUGCAAUGUAUGAUAACGUUAUUCUGUUCGGAACUCUCUGGAAACUUCCCAGCCUACUCAGGAUAGACACCGAACCUCUACACAGCUUCUGCAGCUUCCUUCACACUCUUACUUGCCUGACUCCACCCAUACUAUCCGCCUGGUUCCUUCAGUAUGCAAGGAGUACUUCUCCUGUAGCAGAGAGACUUUCAAACAGCUGGCUGGAUGUUCGUCACAUUGAAAAAUAUGUAGACCAAGGUAAAAGUGGAACGCGAGAAUUACUGUGGUCCUGGGCACAGAAAAACAAGACCAUCGGUGACCUUCUACAGAUUCUUGAGGACAUGGGGCAUCAUCGAGCUAUUCAUUUAAUUACAAAGCACGGAACAGGCAUGCGUCCUUUGAAGGAGAGUCAUCAGGAAUGUGGAUUUCCGCACAUACCAGCCAAGAAAACAGCCAAUGUCACAGUGAAUAAUGUUCCUACUCCUGAACAUAAUGAAAAAGGAAUAUUGCUGAAGUCCCCCAUCAGCUUUCAGCACAUCGUAGAAGGAACCAGAAAUUUCCACAGAGACUUCCUAAUUGGCGAAGGGGAGAUUUUCGAGGUAUACAAGGUGGAGAUUCGAAACCGAACAUAUGCCAUUAAAUUAUUGAAACAGGAUAAAAAAAUGCAGUAUAAGAAACAUUUGAAGAAAUUUUUAUCUGAGAUUGAAGUUUUACUACUGUUUCACCAUCCCAACAUCCUGGAGUUGGCGGCAUAUUUUACAGAGGCUGAGAAGCUCUGUCUGGUUUAUCCGUAUAUGAGAAACGGAACACUGUUGGACAGACUACAGUGUGUCGGCGGCACGGCCCCCCUCUCGUGGCAUGCUCGAGUCGGUGUGUUGAUCGGUGUAUCCAGAGCCGUGCAGUACCUGCACAGCACGCAGCCGUGCUCUGUCGUCUGCGGCAGCAUAUGCAGUGCGAACAUACUUUUGGAUGACCAGUUUCAACCGAAACUAACCGACUUUGCCACGGCACACUUCCGACACCACCUAGAACAACAGAGCUCCACUAUAAAUAUGACCAGCAGCAGCGGUAAACAUCUGUGGUACAUGCCAGAGGAGUAUAUCAGGCAGGGAAAACUUUCUACGAAAACGGACAUCUACAGCUUUGGAAUUGUAAUAAUGGAGGUUCUGACAGGUUGUAAGGUGGUGUUGGAUGAGCCCAAGCACAUUCAGCUGCGGGAUCUCCUCAUGGAGCUGAUGGAGAGGAGAGGCCUCGAUUCCUGCCUGUCGCUUCUGGAUAAGAAAGUGCAUCCUUGUCCUCGGAACUUCUCCGCCAAGCUCUUCUCUCUGGCUGGCCAGUGUGCUGCAACUCGGGCGAAGUUAAGGCCAUCCAUGGAUGAAGUGCUAAAUGCUCUUGAAAGCGCUCAGGCCAGCUUGUAUUUUGCGGAAGACCCGCCCACAUCACUCAAGUCCUUCAGGUGCCCUUCUCCCGUAUUCCUGGAUAAUGUACCAAGUAUCCCAGUGGAGGAUGACGAAAGCCAGGUUAAUCCCUCGCCGCCUCGUGACAAAGGUUUGAGGAAAAACAGACCGACCCCAAACAUCCCUUUCGAGUGUAGCCAGUCUGAGGUUACGUUUCUGGGCUUGGACAGAAAGACAGGGAAUAAGAGAAAUGAAGACGCCUGCAGCAUGCCGAGUUUUCCUGGCGAGGAAAGUUGGUCCCCAAAGCGUACAGCUUCGUCCCAGGACCUACAGGCCACCGAGGUGAACUUGGACUCUUUCUUGGAAGCCCCCAGCCAUUCUGCGGCUUGCAGAAGCAGGCCGGUGCAGACUAGGUGCUCCUCGGAAUUUUUCUGCAAUAAACAUGAACAGUACAAAAAGGAAUAAAUCCCACCGGAAGGCAAAGAAAGAAAGCAAGAGCCGCGGAGGCACGCGGGUAAAGGGUGUCACCUCGGGGAACAUGGCCCCGUAGGUAGUGCUCGGAGCAUGGCCGGUGGCACGCUCGGGGGAUGCAGAUAAACACUAAGGACAGUUCCAUUCGCUCCUCCCAACCCAAAGCAGAGUGACUUACGCAGAUGUUUCACCAGAGUAAUUGCCGCAUGAAGGAACAAAGUAGGGCCAUUCACAGUUACUCAAGACUCUGUGUGCGGACCUCAGCCAGACAAAACGGUCAGAAGCUCACAAAGGAGAACGGGUUCUCAGGCCCGGCGACACCCGAAUGAGCCCUCAGACCCUCGUAGCUACGGAUGUUCCGUUGGGUCCCGUCGACUGGUUUAGUUUGUGAGGGAAAUGUGUAACUUGUAAGUGUUAGUAGCUGUCUUGUUGAAAGAAUUGCCUUUUUACUGUGACUGGCGCUUCCUGCUUUUGUGUUAUCAAACGUCCCUUCCUAAAAUGAGCCCGGUUUGCCCUUGGCUGGGAAGGGCGUGCUGUGUGCAGAGCCAGGGUUCCUGCUCAAGAUCUGUAUUUGUGUGAGCUCCUGGGUAGUUUAUUAUGUAUAAUCUAGUUGCUGACUAGUGCUGCUGAUCUUUACUAACUCAGAAACCUACUAGAUCCUGUGUAGAAGGUGUAACAUUUUAACCAAAUAAUUGUUGCUGAGAGAAUAACUGGCCCUAAGAGCCCAGGUUAGCUGUGGGGCUCUGUGCCUUCCAGCUGUGUGCCUUUGUUCCAGCUGUGUUCUUGGAGCUCCCUGUUUGAAAUCUGAUCAACUGUUAGGCUCUGCAGAACUCUCAUCCUCCGGGAAGCCGCCCCAGUCUCUCCAGCCAGAAGUGUUCACUUCAUCAGCAUUUCCAUAGCGAUUUCUUUCCAUUUCUGUUUUAGACUUGUCAUUUUCUGAAUUAUAUCCAAGUUGCCCACGUC